AUGGCUUCUCUACGGGCAGUAGCUAGGACGUCGGGCUCAUUGCUCUGCCGGGCAUGCAAGCGCCCUGUUCUCACAAAGCCAGCGGUAUCGAUAGCGUGGCGGUCGCUGUCAACCGCCGACAACCAGCAGAAGCUACUUUCUGCGACUCUUGAAGAAGGCGAUCCCGCCGUCUUCGACAUCAUUCAAAAGGAAAAACGGCGGCAGAAGCACUUCAUCAACCUAAUCCCCUCAGAGAACUUCACUAGCCAAGCAGUGUUGGAUGCGCUUGGGAGUGUUAUGCAAAACAAAUAUUCCGAGGGAUACCCAGGAGCACGAUACUAUGGUGGCAACGAACACAUCGAUGAGGCCGAGAGACUGUGUCAACAGCGAGCAUUGGAGACUUUUGGGCUGAAGGAGUCGGAGUGGGGAGUCAACGUACAACCUCUCUCUGGCUCGCCAGCCAACCUCUAUGCAUACUCGGCGCUCGUCGGCACCCAUGAACGCAUCAUGGGCCUCGAUCUCCCACAUGGAGGCCAUCUCUCCCACGGCUACCAGCUCCCCACGAAGAAGAUUUCGGCAAUCUCCAAAUACUUCGAAACCCUCCCUUAUCGAUUAGACGAGAGCACAGGACUCAUCGAUUAUGAGAAACUCGAAGACAUGGCUAUGCUCUACCGACCAAAGAUUAUCAUUGCAGGAACAAGCGCAUACAGCAGACUGAUCGACUACAACCGGUUCCGCGAGAUCGUGAACAAGGUCGGCAACUGCUAUCUGCUCAGCGACAUGGCCCACAUCUCAGGAUUGGUAGCAGGCGGUGUAAUCCCUUCACCGUUCGAGUACUCGGAUGUGGUUACUACUACCACCCACAAGAGCUUGCGUGGCCCACGUGGCGCUAUGAUCUUCUUCAGAAAGGGUACUCGCAGCGUGGAUAAGAAGGGUGUAGAGACAAAAUACGAUCUCGAGGGUCCCAUCAACUCGUCCGUAUUCCCAGGCCAUCAGGGAGGUCCCCACAAUCACACCAUCACUGCACUGGCAGUUGCUUUACACCAAGCACAGCAGCCAGAAUUCAAGCAGUAUCAGCAGAACGUUCUCGAGAACGCCAAGGCAUUCGCCGCUAGGUUGGGAGACGGCAAGGAGGCUGGCGGUCUCGGUUACUCUGUUGUCAGUGGAGGGACUGAUAACCACCUUGUCCUCAUCGACCUGAAGGACAAGGGCAUCGACGGCGCUCGUGUGGAACGUAUUCUUGAGCUGGUCGGCGUGGCUGCCAACAAGAACACCGUUCCUGGAGACAAGUCUGCCAUGAAGCCUGGUGGUCUGCGUAUGGGGACGCCUGCGAUGACCACUCGUGGCUUCCAGCCUACUGAUUUCAAGCGUGUUGCGGAUAUUGUCCAUAGAKCAGUCAACAUCAGCAAGAAGCUUGACGGACAGGCAAAGGAGGCCGCGGAGAAGAGUGGACGCAAGAACCCUGGUAGCGUCAACGCCUUCAAGGACUAUGUCAAGGAUGGCGAGGAAAUAGUGGACGUUGUGGAGCUGAGACGCGAGGUCGAGGACUGGGUUGGCACUUUCCCGCUGCCUUGGAAGUCUUGA